AUGCCACCACAGGUGACAGGCGAAAGGGCACUGCAUAGAGAACGCCUGGAGAAAGCAAUCUCGCUCUCAUACCAGCUUCUGCUAUACUUCGAGGACAGCACCAGACCGUACGCCCGGCACCUCAGCUCGGAAGCAGAGUUGUACAUUCAACAGAUCGCACCGAAGAGGGCACGCCAGCAACCGUCCGCUACCGCGAGUCUUCCAGACCAAACCCAAACAGAUCAAACCCAAACGCGAGGCAUCGGAACCAUCAGCCUCGACGAGAUCUCUCUACCAGAAACAAACACACUGGAGCUCAACGAGGAUCUCACUACGGCACAGGCAAUACGCAAGCUGGUAAGGAUAGACGCAAGUGCGACACACCCCGAAAUUAUGAAAGCAGCGUACCGAUUGGAAGCGCUGGCUGCAGCAUGUGCAGUAAGCCCAAACGCCUCGGUACUCCUACAAAACAUCCGCCAACAUGGGCUUUCCGACACGGACGCAGACACAUUAUUUACGCUUACGUAUCCACCCGUAUUGCCAACAUACGCGCAAGCUGCGCUAGCCAACGCUCACAACCCUGAAGAGAGAGCAGUAGUCAGAGACGCGCUCCGCUUUAUCGCAGGACAGAACGCAUUCGCAAACGCGAUCGAGAGCUCUGAAGGGCCCGCGACCCAACUCUUCCGUCAACUUAGCCAUAACUGGGAGACAGGAAAUCCCAACAUCAUUACAAACUCGCCCGAGGGUGCUCAGGAACCCAGAGCCCCUUGA